AUGAACUUCGUCUCUGGAUUUUUCAGUGGCUUUGCACUUACUACUUCCGUUCUCUACAUCACCAUCACAGUCCACCGCGCAACACGGCUGGAACAGCGCCGACAAAUCCGCGAACAGGUUGAUCAAAUAAACUGGCUCGCCGCUUCUGCGGGUGCAUACGACCGGCGCUUCUUCCCAGAACAUAAGCCCCGAAGCCUUGAGGAAGGGAAAUCCCUGAAAGAGGAGCAGAUUACAAUCAAAGAUGUCUUGAAGCACAGGUGGAACCAGGAGAUCGGGAAAUUUGCCCGCAAUGCGCAAGGGAAUCGCUGGGAGAGUGUGAAGGAGACAGCUUGUAAGGGAUGGAACGAUAUGUUGCACUGGGUGAAAAAGGAUUGA